AGGAAAAAAGGAGCACAACAAGAGAUGUUGGUACACAAAUCAAAUUCAGUUAUGAGAGUCCAUUUCCAUCUCCAAAUCCUUCAAUUGAAGAUAAAUCAAUUAAGCCAAUUGUUGAAGAAGAAAAUAGAGACUCAAUUGUUACCUCCAAAACACUGAUCUCAGAGGAUAAG